AUGAAGAAGGCGGAUCGGAAGGGCCACCGAACGUCGAGCAGCGCCCGAGCCGCCGAGUUGGUGGGCGGCACAGGCGGGCUGGCCGCGGGAUUCGGAGGGUACUCUGGUUCAAAACAACUGCCUGGCGCCGGGGCUUCUGCCACAUGGACGCCCUCCCCCACGUCGCACGCCGGACCUCCGCCGGCGCAGCUCAACGGCGAAAUUGGCCAGUACCUCAAACAUUUGUCCAAAAAGGACGCAACAACCAAGCUGAAGGCCCUGCAGGCCUUGAACAAGUUGUUUCUGAGUUCUGAAAAGGGGGACGUGGUGGCCGCGAUCCCCCACUGGACGUAUGCCUAUCGGCGGCUGGUCAUGGAUUUCAACCCAAGUGUUCGGGCCCAAGCUAAUGAAGCCCUUGGCCAACUUGUGCUUCGUGUUAAACGAGAGCUUGCCCCCCAUCUCAAGUUAUUGAUGGGAUCAUGGUGGCUGUCACAACACGAUGUGCACAAAGAGGUUGCUCGAGCCGCAAAGACAACAUUUGAGGCUGCUUUCAGCGAACAAAAGAGAAAGGAAGCUGUGCUGAUGUACCAUCAGGAAUUGUUGAAGUAUUUGGAGGAGAACCUGAUGGCAGACCUACGGACGCUGGGAGAUCCGCAGAGUGGAAGCAUGAAGAAAGGGGACCUUGAGGAUCUCGAAAUUCGCUAUGAAGGGGUCGUGUGUGCAUCACUGUCCUCAUUGCUAUCUUUAGUUGAUGCCAGCAUGGGAGAGCCUUCCGAGACACCAAUUCUGGAGCAUGUUGCCUCACUUGUGUCUGGGAAGCCUUUCUUCAAGAAGCACUUAGGAGCAAAGAGCGCUUCUGUGCGCCUCCGUGCAUAUCAGCUUGUUGAUGGCACACUUGCGCAGUCGCCCAAAUCUCUGGCAGUUUAUGCAAAGGAGAUGUCGCCACGUGUGGUUGGUGCCGUUGGUGAGAAGGAGCCGUCCUGCCAUGGAGUCAUGUGGAGCAUGGUGCUCAGAUUCAUCAAGGCAUGUCCACAGUGCUGGGAACAUUUGAACAUGGACAAAGCAAUACUGCCCAGACUGUCUGCCUUCCUUCGGCAUGGAGGCUAUGGGUCGUGUAAAGAGUCCUACCCUGCAGUAUUGCCUUUUGUUAGCAGCGUUCCCAAGGGUUUGUGGGGCAACAAGCCUGCACUGCUGGUCAAGAUCAUGGAAAGUGCAUGGCAGGGAAUGCAGCAACCUUCUAGGGCGAGCACAUUGGAGCCUGCCAGCACCAUCUUGCUUUCUGAGUGCCUGACCUGGGGUCUGGUGGCAGCAGAGAAAAUCAGUGACCAGCCAAGCGAGUUCCGGAGCUGCCUCCUCCAGUCAACAAUUCCUGCAUUCCUCAUUCCAUCGGCUGUAGACACAAGUUGUUCCUUCUCCUCUGCUGCUGUCCAAGUGUUAUCCACCUGCUGUCACACGUUGCUGGCCAAAAUGCAGGAAGAAAACUGUGACCUAAGCUUGGCAGUGCAAAAUGCCCUGCUGGACUCCAUAGUGGAUGAGCUCGUUGUCAUCCUGGAGACAGAUCUUCAUUCAGCAGCGGGCUCCCAUUUGGACUUGCAACGAUUCAGGAGAGUCUCGCAAGUUGUGGUCAAGCUGGCAUCAGCCCAAUCCAUGUGUAGUGCAGACACAAAGAUAGAAAUCGCAAGCAGGAUUGCUGCUAUCAUUGGCGGCAAAUUGGCAGGUGCAGUUGUGGAAGGUUCAAGAAAUGCUGAGGUGGUUGCUGCACUUGUGGACCUUGUGAAGGUGUAUGGUCCUGGCAUUGUUGUGCCAUCAGAGAUAGAUGCCAUGGACAGCUGGCAAGUCUCAAGCCCACCCAAUUUUUUUCAGCAACUUGUGCACAUCUGCACAGCAGGCAACCUGCCUGGUGACACUGUCGCUGCUUAUGGAGAGCUGGUGCUGGCUUGCGUGGAACUUGGGGACCAUACCUCACAGAACAGCUGGGGUCACGUACUGCAGCAAAUAGUUAGAUGCAAUGCCAACGAUGGGGUAGAUUCCCCACAGCCACUUGUGGGCAGUUGUGUGAAGCAGCUCCCACAGUUUGCUUGCAUCCUCAUCGAAAUGUUGACCGCAGGGAAGAUAGAUUUCAGAGGGCCUCUGGAAGUUUGGCAAUGUCCAGAGCUGGAUGCACUUGCCCUCAGCUGCUGUCAGGAAUCCGCACUCGCAAGCUCCCAGGAGUGUGUUGAGCUUGCCCGGCUUCUUCUUGGGUCACACAAGUCUCUGCUGACCCCACAGACAUCUGCUCGCAUGAUGACAUUGUUCUUAGAUAUGCUUGAAGCAUGCCUAACGCAGAGGGGGGCCGAAAAUGUGCCAGAUCUGGGUGUAUGCACAACAAUCAUUGGCAUCUUGGAUGACACACUGUUUUCUGGCCUUUUGCCGGAUGGCGACGAAGCUCUGGAGCUGUGGUGGCAGCUUGUGUGCUGUGUUGCUCACUUAGCCUGGCAGCAUUCAGAUCAAUUUGGACAGGCAAGCAAGGAAGUCAUUAAUCAGAUGAGCGACCUAUCUGCGGCUGCAUCAAAGCUCUGGGCUUCUGGUACUCCUCUUCGCAUGCUGCAUGGCAAAAUUCCUGUGCAGAUCUACAGAGCUGUGGAGAAACUAACAGGAUUGUUGAAGCACCAGCUGCAAAUCAUGUGCAAGACACCCUCAUUGGUGCCAUGUGAUCAUGAUGCCAUCGAAGCGAUCGCAGUCCAUGCCUCAGAGCUUCUCUCUGCAUGCAGUGACCCAACUCAGCGUGCUCGCCUGCUGGAUACCCUCCUCUUGUGUCAUGCACGUUGGCCUCAAUGGUGUCAGCCAGGUGGUGAGGCGGGUGCGCUGCUCCCAACGGAAGAGCAUGAGCAAGGAGGCAUUUGCAGCAUGGUGAUGUUGGAAUUUUGUUGCCAUUUGCUGCGCAAAGCUGGUGUGGAAGAUGUGCUGGGCGGUUUGGGGGAGGGCAGUGCAGAGCAGAGGGCUUGGCUGGCUGUUGAGUUGCUCUGUUCCCCAAAGGGCGAGGACACAUGUGCGGGAGGGGCAGAGGACGUGCUUGACCAUCUAGUGGUGAGUGCUGUGGCCACUGCAGCAGCUGCAGAAGAGGAAGCCCUCAGUUCUCAAGAGGUUGCUGAGGGGAAACUCCACAGUCUGCCAUUGAGGGUUCUGGAUUACUGCUUAGCAAUGGGACUACAGACUGCACAACCCUUUGUGGGAGCACUGCAUGAUUCACUGAUGGUGCUUGCUCAACACGCAACCGAACAUGGUGUGGUCGAAGUCUUGAGCAAUUUCUUCAGAGGGUGUGUGUUUGGAAUCACACCAAGUGAUUCAAGCGCCUAUGUGGAGGAAGUGUUGAUCACUGUCUUGUCAACAGUUGGCCCCUGCUUCAGGGCACAAUCUGAGCAGAUCGUUAAGUCGUCAGGCUUGGCAGACUUUUCGCGGAUCUGGCUAGAGGCUGCAUGUUCCUCGAACUUGUUUUCCCCCUCGAGUCCUGAUUGCCAAGCCAGAUGGCCGCUGAGGGUCGCAUUGGCGUGCUUCCCUGUGGAUAGCAAUGGGGAACAUGUGGGAGUGCAGUCUGCUGUGUACAAGGGCUAUGCCCUGCCUCAUGAGCGGGAUUCGUUGCUGGAGCUGUUCCGACGCCAGGCUGGCACUUGUCAAGCAGCUGAGAGGAAAUCUCAGCUAAACGAAUGUGAGAGGGUUGGUGUUGAUGAGAGCCUUGCACAAUUGGGCCUGAGAGUGGUGGCAUACUGCAGUGAGCAGCUUGGCACAGACGACUGGCGAUGGCUCAUGGACAGGACGAAGGCUGGCAUUGGCACAAUUGUAACCAAGCUAGAAGAGUGUGUGGAGUCGUUGUCUGCCUCAGUGGUCACUUGUGCUGCAGAGGCCAGUGAGCACGAAGUCGAAACGCCAGCCAUGGGGCUUGAGCUUUUGGGCCAGCUUUCUCGUGUGGGGAUCGUGCCCCAGGACAACGCUGUUGCAAAGGCUGUUCAAGAGAUGGAGCUCUGUGCGUUGACGUCGAUGUGCAGUAAUCAAUCACCUUGGGCACAAACAUUGGCGAUUUUGCUGCACCCAACAAUGGAGGGCAUUGGCCGCCUCAGUGCUGACAAGUGGCGUGCAGAGAUGCGCGUGCGUGACAUACUGCUGGACUGUAUGAGGUGCACCUUUUGUGCUGGAUCGAUACUGUCCCUGGCUCAUGCUGGUGGCGAGGCAGCAUGGAGCAACGCGGGAGACCUGCUGGAACGGAUGGACUUGCUAUGGAAUGCCAUGUCGAGGCUUGUGGACACUGCACAGGCUGAUGAGGGCAUCAUGGCUGAGGCUUUGGAGGCGAUGGAUGCUUGGGCAGAUGACACUGGUGUCGAUCCUGCACGUUGCCUCCUUGCCUUGGCACUGCUACCUCACAGACUGGAUAGCCUGCGCAUGGCAGCAUUCAGGAUGGCAGCCUCUGAGCAAGCCAUAUCGCAGCUGACGAUGGCCACGGCUCUGAAUGAAGAUACGACGGAAGAAAUGGAGGAGGGGGAUGAUGUGCAGCUGCUGGUUGAUGCAGGAAUCCACACCUGCUUGGCCCCCACUCUCACCCGCCCCGACCAAACAGGCCUGUUCCUUUGUGCCUGGAGUCUGAUGCUUGUGCACCUGAUCGGACUCAGCAGCUCCUCACAGCGGCGGCAUAGACUGACCCAAGCCCUUCAGAAGCCCACCAGCUUGGUAUCCGUCCUCCUCGACAAGCUUGCCCCGCUGCUGCCGCUUCAGCGAGCUGGCCAGAAGCAAAAGUACAAGCGAACAAACUCAGCUGCUGAGCUCCUGAAAAUGAGGGACGGCCAGCUUCAGCUGCUGAUUCGGCGCAUCGGUGCACCCAACACGGAUGAGGACUGGCAGGCUUUGGCUGUGCAGAUGUAUCACAUCGUGCUCAUCGUCUUCCCAGCCAGUGCUCGGACAUGGUUUGGGGAUGUCAGGGACAAGGCACUCGCUAUGGCAGUCAAAGCGUACACCGAGGAACAGGAGAGCCCGGCGCUGAUUCAAAGGGAGUUCGACUUUGUGCAGUCCGCUGCAGCCUCGGCUGACGACACUUUCAAGACGCGAUGCGUACCCGGCAGGGGUGAGGUCAUUGCAACCAUGGAGAUUGAGGAAACUUCGAUGUUGGAGCUGGUCAUCAAACUCCCCAGCUGCACCCCCUUGAAGCCUGCUGAGGUGGAAUGCCAAAACAAGGUGGGCGUGAACGACACGCAGCUGCGGAAGUGGCUGCUGUCCAUAGCCGCGUUCAUGUGGCACCAGAACGGUUCGCUCCUGGAGGCAGUGUCCCUCUGGAAGCAGAACGUUGACAGGGCCUUCCAGGGCGUGGAGCCGUGCCUAAUUUGCUACAGCGUGGUGCACCCCUCGAACCGGGAGACGCCACGGCUUCGUUGCGCCACCUGCAGUGUGCAGUUCCACGGGGCCUGCCUGUACCGUUGGUUCAGGCAAUCGGGCAAAUCCCAAUGCCCGCAUUGUCAGUCGCCAUGGACAGUGGGCUCCCAGAGCCACGAUCGGCAGCAACGUUAG